AUGAAUGAGAGGAUGAUAGAGGCUGCCCAAACAGGAGAUGUUAACCUCUUGUAUGAGUUGAUUCUGAAUGAUCCAUAUGUUUUAGAGCGUAUUGAUGAUGUGCCAUUUUUUCAUACUCCAUUGCAUGUAGCUGCCUCUGCUAGGCAUAUUGAGUUUAUGAUGGAGAUGAUCAAAUUAAAGCCAACGUUUGCAAGAAAGCUAAACCAAGCUGGGUUUAGCCCCAUGCACUUGGCUCUGCAAAAUCACAGAACUCAUGCAGUGCUUCGGCUCCUCAGGUUUGAUGAAAGUCUUGUCCGUGUCAAAGGUAGGGAGGACCUCACUCCUCUGCAUCAUGUGGUUCAAACUGAAAACUUGAAUCUUUUGAAAAAAUUUCUUGAGGUUUGUCCUGAGGCUAUUGAAGAUAUGACUGUUCGAGAUGAGACAAUUUUCCAUCUUGCUGUAAAAAACGAUACGUUUGAAGCUUUCCAAGUCUUGGUGGGGUGGCUUAUAAGCAGCUGCCAUGAGUCUGCCCAAUGGGAGAAAGAACUACUUGGGCAGACAUUGAUGGCAACCGUGCUUUACACAUUGCAACUAUUAGAAACAGACCUCGAGUAUAUGUUAUUUUUUGUCAUUAAGUCAGUUAUUGAUGUGCAUAUAUGCAUGAUAAAAGGAUUACUUAUAGGAAUAUUCUAA